UCCGGGCCCAGGGCCCGUAUUCUUGAAUUUCAGGGAGUAGAAAUGGUAAGAGAAAGUGACGUAAAAGUAGGCGUGGCUCCCUAAAACCGAAAAUGCUGUAUUCUUGAAAAAAAUUCUCUCGAUCUACGAGAGAAAUGUCACUCCCUAAGGGAGUAAUAAUUUCUACUGGUAGUAUGUAAGAGAAAUUGAAAAUGGGAGCGAAAAUAACAAUACAUAACCUUAGAAAAGCGGAGAGAAGUGUUUUGUUUUUGUUAAGGGAUAGUAAAGAUGGAUCUAAAUAAUAUGCUCUAUUGGAAUGAUCUUAUGUUAAAUGAUAUUUUGGAGGCAGUUGAAGAUCUUCAAAUUGGUCGGGAUGUCCUCCAACCAACGGACCCAUUUUUGUUGUCCGAUCGCAAAUUUGUACAAGUUUUUAGACUGUCCAAAGGUAUGGUACAAGAACUUGUGGAAAUGGUAUCACCAUUUAUGUUGCCACAAUCGAGAGGAUCUGCACUUUCUAUAACGACAAGGGUUUUAGCUGCAUUGAGAUUUUAUGCUAGUGGAAGCCAUCAGGAAAUAACUGGCACUAACCACUACAUUUCUAUAAGUCAGGCGUCAACAAGUAGAGCUAUAGUGGAAGUGACAAAUGCUCUGAACAGGCCUGAGAUUUUAAAUCAUAAAGUAAAAUUUCCCAGAACGCAACAUGAAAGAGAAGCUCUUCGUACAAGGUUCUUUGAUCUAUAUGGAUUUCCUGGAAUUUUGGGCAUUAUUGAUUGCACGCAUGUAGCAAUAGUGGCUCCAAAGGAUCCAAACCAUCCAGAACACAUCUAUGUUAAUAGGAAAAAUUACCACUCCUUAAAUGUGCAACUGGUUUGUGAUCAUGACUUGAAAAUUCUUAAUGUGAAUUCAAGAUUUCCUGGAUCAUCCCAUGAUGCAUUCAUAUGGGCACAAUCUCCUAUCUCUACAUAUAUGGAGAAUUGUUACCGUAGAAAUCCUGCUAAUGUGUUUUUUUUAUUAGGAGAUUCAGGAUAUCCCACACGUCCGUGGCUUUUGACACCUUUACCAAAUCCAGUGAAUCCGGGAGAGCAAUUGUUCAAUGAUAGGUUGUGUUCUAUCCGGUCUCUGAUUGAACGUUGUAAUGGAGUCUUAAAAAAUCGAUUCAGGUGCCUCUUAAGAUAUAGGACUAUGCACUAUCAUCCCACACUGAGCGGAAAAAUUGUAAAUGCUUGUUGCAUUUUACACAAUAUGUGUAUAGAGAACAACGUACCAAUACCAGAAGAACUUCAUCCUGUAGAGCCAGAUUAUGGCAUGUAUGCUGCUGGUAAUGUUGUUAAUAUACGACCAACAGCCAAUCCUGAUUUAGCAGCUGCCAGACGCUUACAGCAGAACAUAAUAAAUAAUCAUUUUAAUAUACAGUGAUGAGCACCUUAAUAACCGGCAAAAUAGCACGAAAGACAGAAAACCUAUUAAGUUGUGAAAUAAAAAGAAAUAAACUAGUAGGAGCUGGGAAAUUUAGCGAUAUUAACCUUUAAAUUUACAUUAUAUUCAUUAUUUCCCUCCUUUUCACGUAUCAGAGGAGUAUGUCAACUAUGUUCAGGAGUAUGUAAAACUGUCAAUGUAACAGUAGUCUGCUAAACUUGUGCGAUACGUCUAAAGGUUAAUAUCGUUAAAUUUCCCAACUCGACUAGUUCCAUUUCUUUUUAUCUCACAAAUUAAUACGUUUUCCAUCUUUUGUGCUAUUUUACCAGUUAUUAGCGCACUCAUCACUGUAUAAAAAUGCAAUAUGUACUUGGUCAGAUAUAGUCCUUCCAUUCUGUCUUUGAACAUGCAUAAAAUUAUUCACGAAUUAUUUUUUAAACUAGGUAUCUUUGUUCUCACAGAAACUAGUAUCGCAAAAUUAAACUGCUUGUUCAUAGAAACCACAAUAAUUUAAACGAGGAUAAACAAUAUGGCAUGUCCUUGUUUACUAUGAAUUUUGAUGAUUAUAAUUUUCAGUGACAGUGACAUUAGCACCAAUUGUUGUGUUUAUUUGAAUUUAUAACUUGUAUUGUGUUUAUUUUAUAAAGUUAUAUUGUGUUAAAUAUAUUGUAACAUAUAAAUGCACAAUAUAACUAUAAAAUAUGUGCACCAAUAAUAGCCAUUUCCUAAUUAUUACAUUGACAGUACAUAUCAAUGAUAUUACAUAUCAACAUCUGUUUCACUUAAUAUAUGAUUUAACUUGUUUGCAAAUGAAUCAUGAUGUUUGUGCAAAGAUAUAAUGGAACAGCUAUAUACCUUAGCUGCCAGCAGCUUUGUUCAAUCUCAAAUUAAUCCCUUAAUUUGUAAUCUCACAUUAUUCUUAACUUCCUAAACUUUUAUAGUUUCAACGUAUAUAAUUGAAACAUAUCAAGUAAUAAUUUAGUUAAAUCAAUCAGAUGGGCAGAAUUGUUUAUUGCCUUAAUAAUAUAUGUAGCAGAUUUUUUCGAAUAGAGUUCUCCCUGGAUAUCUACAGUUACUGUCCUCUAGUAUCUUCAUAAUAUGGGACUCGAUCAAAUCUUUGUUCUUGUCAUUAAUAGAGAAAUAUUUAAACAACUUAUUGAGUCUCUUAUUAAUAGGUUCUAUUCUAGUUUUAUCGUACAGCAUUUUGUUUGAUGGAUUAUGGAGUAGAUUAACACUGUUUCAUCCACUUUUAUAUGUGCCUGUGUGCUUCUGAGAAUAUUUAUAGACAACAUAUAAAAAAUUAUUUUAAUUUAGGUGAUUUCCGUUUAUGUUUUUUAUCUUAUUUUAAUGUUAUGAACUAUUUCCUUUUGGCAUUUUUAUAAUUAACUAUAUAGAUAUGAAAUAAGCCACAAUUAAAUUGAAAAAAAUAAUUUUAUUAUUUGUUUUAAUAUGAUUUGUUAUAUUUUGUAUUAUUUUAUCCUGCUGUAUAAGAAAAUAAUUUAAAAUAAACUAGAUUUUAAAGAAAAUAAAUAUGAAUUUAAUUUG